AUGUCAAGUAACAGCUCAUCAUCAUCAGAUUUUACCCCCGUUGGCUUUAAUGGUGGAUCUGUCAUGGCCAACGCAGGUGGGCCGACCUCUCAAUCAUCGUGGUCUCCAAGUGUGAAUCUUGAUUGGGGCCAUAGUGGUAGUUCAUCGUCGAGUAGCACCGGUUACCCAACACCAGAAUCGAUGAGUAGUAACAGUAGCUAUAGUGGUUCAUCGUCGACUGACAGCGGUUAUCAUUAG